AUGUCGUCUUCAUCUCAAUCCCCCAUGGAUGAAAAGCCCGAGGCUGCUUUGCACGAGGCAGUGCCUGCGACAACCAGUGACGCAGGUCGGCUUCAUGCCCUCGAGCAACUGGAGAUCCUACCCCAGAUUCUCCAGGAAGGCAUUCUCUUUGCUGGAUCGGGCGCCGCUCUCCUGCUCCAGGCGGCUCUGCCUGGGAUCCGUCAUGAGGAAACCACUGGUGGUCACAAAGAGCUCGCCACAGAGCUGGUGGAUGCCCUCCAGGCCAAUAUCAGCUAUAUCUCCAAUCUAGUGUUUGGCACUCGCGCGGAGCGCAAGACGUUGCUCGACCUACUGGCCCGUGGGGAAGCCCCAGGCCUGGGAGGGGGUCGUAACAACCGGUUUGCCCAUCACCCACCCCUCCAGCUGUGGAUGGCGGCCACUCUCUAUGCCACCUCCACCGAUUUCUACCAGCGAGUCUAUGGCCGCGUGGACUACGAGACCGCCCAGCGCGGAUACAGCGAGUUCACGUUACUCAUGAACUGCCUGGGAAUGCCCGCAGGCACCUGGCCCGAAACGCGACAGGCUUUCUGGUCCUUCUGGGACCAUCAGGUCUCGCAGCUAACCGUUUCAUCCGAUGCAGCUGCGUUUGCAAAGGAUUUACGGGAGAGUAAAGAGAUGCCCGGCUGGGUCCAGAGGAUCAAGCCCUUCCUGCGGUCUGUCACGAUUGAAAUGCUACCCCCGAACUUACGCGAUGCUUACGGGCUGCGUUUUACGGCCACCACGCGCGCUCUCUACCGCACCUGGAUGGGCUUCUCGGUGGCUGUGUACCCGGCCAUGCCGAAUAAAAUGCGUUCCUACCCGCUACGCUACUAUAAGGAUCGUCUGCGUGACAAACUGAAUGUGGUUUGA